AUGGACGUGAUAUUAUUUGGUGAUCAGACGGUGGAUCCGCAGCAGUUCCUCACCAAGAUCUUGCGUCGAAAAGGCUUCCCUCUCCUCUCUUCAUUCUUGGAGCAGGUACAUGUUGCCUUGCAAGAUGAGAUUUCCUCCCUUUCGUCCACGCAUCGGGCAGCUGUACCACCCUUCUCGAAUAUUGCAGAGCUCGUCGAGAGAUAUUAUGCGGCGGAGAACCCCAACAUUGCUUUGGAAAGUACUCUUACUUGCCUGGCGCAGUUAGCACACUUCAUUGGAUACUAUGAAGAAUAUCCACUCGAAUACCCUCGUAUAUCUACAACUCACAUACUCGGAGUAUGUACCGGACUUCUAGCAGCUUCUGCUGUUGCUUCCAGCACAUCACUCUCCUCUCUCAUCCCGCUUGCUAUCCAGACCAUCCGCAUCACCUUUCGUCUCGGUUCAAGAGUAGCUACUGUUGCAGAGCAACUGGAGCCUCCAACCAAUCGAACGCAAACAUGGUCUACAAUCGUGCUUGGGAUCGGUAGUGAGGAUGCAGGCAUUGCUGUUGCGGAGUUCAACAAGGCUCAUGGCCUGUCAGAGUCAAAGGGACUGUACAUUAGUGCUGUCGGAUCAAUGUCCGUCACUAUCAGUGGAUCACCGUCAAUGCGAAGUCAUUUGUUGGAGACUUCUUCAGCUUUCCAGAACUUGCAGCGAAGGGAAAUUCCAAUUCGCGGCCCAUACCAUGCGGACCACCUUUACAGUCAAACGGAUGUCACAAGAAUCGUCGACAGCGACAUGGCACUGAUUUUGGAGCAAUACUCUGUUGUACACCCAGUAAUAGGGUUGUCAGCACCAAAAUCCUCGAAUUCGACACUGGAGCUCUUCAGACUAUCAGUCUUGGAAGUUCUUGCACGCCAAGUUCAAUGGGAUGCACUUGUCAGGACCUGUGUAGCCGAUGUCCGAUCAACUGCUGUGACAGGCGUGAGAGUACUGGCAAUGGGUCCCACAGCCUUGACCAACAGUCUAGUGUCUGCUCUCAAAGUCGGAGGGGGUCUCACAAUAGCAUUGGAAGAUGGGGUCUCUUGGUUUGCCCAAAAUCCACUUCCUCGCGUCAACGGAGACCUCAAAAAUGCCAAAAUUGCCAUCGUUGGUAUGGCGGGACGUUUCCCGAAUGCUGCAGACCACGAAGCAUUCUGGAAAUUGUUAGAGCAGGGACUUGAUGUGCACCGAGAGGUUCCUCCAGAUCGGUUUGAUGCAAAAGCGCAUUUCGACCCGACUGGAAAAGGCAAGAACAAGAGUCACACGACAUAUGGGUGCUUCAUAGAUCAGCCAGGGCUCUUCGAUCCACGGUUUUUCAAUAUGUCACCACGGGAAGCCACUCAAACCGAUCCCAUGCAGCGACUGGCACUCGCGACAGCUUAUGAAGCAAUGGAAAUGUCUGGAUUUGUGAGAGACAGAACACCCUCCACGAUGGCACACAGAAUCGGCACAUAUUAUGGACAGACUAGUGAUGACUGGCGAGAGAUCAAUGCUGCCCAAGACAUCGACACAUACUUCAUUACGGGCGGUGUGCGUGCCUUUGGUCCUGGCCGUAUCAAUUAUCAUUUCGGAUUCAGCGGGCCAUCUUUCAGUAUUGAUACUGCAUGCUCGAGUAGUUUUGCAGCUAUCCAAUUGGCAUGCACGUCUCUCAGGGCAGGCGAUUGCGAUACUGUCUUCACUGGCGGCAUGAACGUACUCACAAAUCCUGACAUCUUUUCUGGUUUGUCAAAAGGUCAAUUUUUAUCGAAGACUGGAUCUUGCAAAACGUACGAUCAAGGCGCAGAUGGUUAUUGCCGUGGUGAUGGUGUCGUCACUUUGAUCUUAAAGAGAUUGGAUGACGCAAUCACUGAGAAAGAUCCAAUUCUGGGUGUAAUUGCUGGUACCGCCACGAAUCAUAGCGCUGAAGCCGUAUCCAUUACCCACCCACACGCUGGAGCACAAAAGUUCUUGUUUCAGAAGGUGAUGGAUGAAGCUCAGAUCGAUGUCCGCUCUGUCAAGUACGUCGAGAUGCAUGGCACAGGAACCCAGGCUGGCGAUGGGGUGGAGAUGGACUCUGUCUCGUCUGUCUUUGCUCCUCCAGCAAGCUCAAAGAGAAUGCGCCGUUCAGAUCAACCGCUCUUUGUGGGGUCAGUCAAAUCCAACAUUGGGCACGGGGAGGCUGUUUCUGGAGCAUGUGCUAUGGUCAAAGUCUUGCUCAUGAUGCAAAAGAAUUUGAUUCCACCACACUGUGGAAUCAAAACGGAGAUGAAUAAAACCUUCCCGAAGGAUCUCAAGGAGCGGCAACUUCAAGUAGCUUUCAAACCGACACCAUUCCCUCGACCAGCAGACGCCCCACGCUACGUUUUCAUCAACAACUUCAGUGCGGCUGGUGGCAAUACUGCAAUUCUCCUUGAAGAUGCACCCAUCUCCACUCCCUUGAAAGCAGACCCUCGAUCAAGUCAUGUGGUUUUGGUUACUGCAAAAUCUCUUUCAUCAUUCAAACAAAACAUAAAGCGACUCUUAGCCUGGACCAAAGACCAAUCAGACUCCAUCCUGCCAAGCUUGGCAUACACCACGACUGCUCGACGAGCACAUUACCAAUACCGUUUAGCUUUCGAAGCCAAGAGCAUCUCCCAGGUUCGUGAAGUACUUGCUUCGAAUGCAGAUGCUGCUCGAACACCAAUCUCCAGCAGCAAGAUCCCAACUGUUGGCUUCGCAUUCACAGGUCAAGGAUCACACUACAUUGGUAUGGGAAAGAAGCUAUUUCAGGAUGUGGAUCAAUUCCGUCGUGACCUUGAAGAUUACAAUCAAAUCGCCUGCAGUCAUGGCUUCCCAUCCUUCAUUGGUCUCAUCGAUGGAACAGUCGAAAACCUUGUCAAUGUCUCGCCUAUUGUUACCCAGCUAGCAAUUACUUGUAUUGAAAUGGCGCUCGCACAGCUAUGGAGAUCAUGGGGCAUUGAACCAACAGUUGUUAUUGGUCACUCACUGGGCGAGUACGCAGCACUUCAGGUUGCAGGCGUCCUUUCGAUUCUCGACACCAUUCUAUUGGUUGGUAAACGAGCUGAACUUCUCGUCUCGAGAUGUGCAAUGGGAAGUCAUGCUAUGCUAGCAGUACGUGCUAGCUUCUCGAGUGUCGAAUCGCUCAUUUCUCACAUUGAUGUUGAGCGAGCUUGCAUCAAUGCCCCAGAAGAGCUGGUGUUCUCCGGGACCGUCGACUGCAUCGAGCAGCUCAAAGACCUUUUGACAACAGAGGGUUUCAAGACUACGAAGCUCAACGUUCCAUAUGCCUUCCACUCGGCUCAGGUCGAACCGAUCCUCGACGAUUUCAAGACUUAUGCUGAGUCAAUCGUUUUCCACCCUCCAAGAAUUCCUGUCAUUUCCGCUUUCCUGGGCAACGUCGUUGCCCAAUCUGAUGUGUUUGGCCCAGAUUAUCUUGCUCGACACUGCCGAGAAAGUGUUAACUUCCUUGGAGGAUUGAGUUCUGCCCUCGAAAAUGGUGCUAUUGAUGAGAGCACAGUCUGGGUCGAGGUUGGUCCUCAUCCGGUUUGCUCAAACAUGAUCAAGGGUAUCAUCGGCAAGGAUACCACUGCUGUUUCAUCUCUCAACCUCAAUGACGAUGCCUGGAAGACUGUGGCUACUAGCUUGUCCACCCUAUUCAAUACUGGUGUUGGUAUCAAUUGGUCUGAGUAUCAUCAUACUUUCAGCAAGGCGCACGAAGUCAUUUCUCUUCCAUCAUAUGCUUUUGACGACAAGGUGUACUGGAUUGACUACAAAGGAAACUGGACCUUGACGAAGGGUGACGUUGUCCAAGCAGAGCCUGUGAAGCCCAAUUUCUCCACAACCGCCAUCCACUCAAUCAUCCACGAAGAGGUCACUGCGGACUCUGCUGUCAUAAUUGGUCAAUCUGACUUUGCCAACCCAUUAUUGCGUCAAGUGAUCGAGGGACAUCAAGUCAAUGGAGUCGGCUUGUGCCCAUCCACACUCUAUGCUGAUAUGGCAAUGACACUCUGCGACUACGCUUGGCGAGCUGGCAGACCGGAUGGUGGCAAACCACACUUCAAUAUCGCAAAUAUGGAGAACACAAAGCCACUGGUCUUCAACGUGGACAAGAACAAUCCGCAUCAGGUGGUACAAGUUGAGGCGAAACUCGACUUCAACAGCGGCCGGGGCACGAUUAACUAUCGAAGUGUCUUGCCGGAUGGUAAGCUCGUCGACCAAUCCAGAUGCGAUAUCGCCUACGAGGAUCCAUCCACAUGGACCAAAGAGUGGGAGAGAAACAAGUUCCUCGUCCAGAGCAGAAUCGACAUGCUCAAGGCUGGUGGCAAGGGCAUUCACAGCAUCCAGCGAGGUCUUGCUUACAAGCUUUUCUCGGCACUCGUCACAUACGAUGAGAAGUUCAGAGGUAUGGAAGAAGUCAUCUUGCACAGCGAUGGACUUGAAGCCACGUCUCUGGUGAAGUUCCAAGCCGGUCCCAAGGAUGGCAACUUCUACAUGAGCCCAUAUUUUAUUGACAGUGUCUGCCAUAUCACUGGAUUCAUCAUGAACGCCAAUGACGCUGUAGAUUCGAAGAAGCAAGUCUACAUCUCACACGGAUGGGAAACUCUUCGAUUCGCCAAGAGCCUUGAAGCAGUCAAAACUUACCGAUCAUGGUGCAAGAUGCAACCUGUACCAGGUGGUGGCAAGAUGGUCGCAGGUGAUGUCUAUGUUUUUGAUGGAGACGAAGUCGUUGGUGUUGCAGGUGGAGUCAAGUUCCAGUGCGUGCCAAAGCAACUCUUGGAGACUCUUCUGUCACCGUCAAAAUCAGCGCAAUCUCGCCCAGCCAUUUCUCCUGCCGCAGCUGCUCAGAUCAAGCAGCAAAGUGUAUUUGGAGCCACAUCUCGAGUCAGUGUCUCGAAGCCUGCUGAGAGCAAGACUGCCUCAGUUGAUGUCAAGGUCAGCAAGAAGAACAAGACCACUGCCAAGAUCAACAUCCCCGUUUCUAGCAAUUUGAUAGCCCAAGCCUUGACGAUUAUCGCUAGCGAAGUUGGCUGCGAGACGACUGAACUCGUCGACCCCAUCGCUCUUUCAGACCUGGGUGUCGACUCACUGAUGUCUCUCAGCAUCGCAGGAAGAUUCCGAGAGGAGCUCGAGCUUGACUUUGCAAGCACGGUGUUCAACGAUCUACCCACAAUCGCUGAUCUCAAAUCGCAUCUUCGAAAAUUUGAGACGGUCACUGAAUCACCAGCCAGUUCUGGCAUGUCAACACCAGAAAUGAUGGUCAGUGAUCACAGUGAAUCCGACUUCUCCGAGUUCUCCGAUACUGAGACUCCAAUGGAUGAGCCUCUAUCGAAAGAGUUGGGCAAGACAACCGGUGAUUCGGACAUUGUUCAUAUCAUCCGCUCCACCAUUGCUGAAGAGAUGGGUGUUGAUCUUGAUGAGAUCACCGAUAACACCGAUCUUGCAACCAUGGGAAUGGACUCUUUAAUGAGCCUAAGCAUCCUCGGCGCCCUUCGAGAGAAGACAGGCCUUGCAAUGCAAUCUGACUUGCUUGUCAACAACACUUCAAUCGACCAGAUUGAGCUUUCACUUGGCCUUCGAUCCAUCCAAGCCAAGGCAUCACACAAGAAAUCUUCUACUGUCAUCAUCCCAGCUCCCACCAGCGCACCGAAGGAAGCAAAGAAGUCUACUAAGUCUUCGAGUUCCAUAAAUCUGUCCUCCUACCCACCAGCUACAUCCGUUCUCCUUCAAGGCAACCCCAGAACUGCCACCACCACUCUCUUCCUCCUCCCAGAUGGCUCUGGAUCCGCUACAUCAUAUGCUCCCAUCCCUGACAUCUCGUCCAAGAAGCUCGUCGUCUAUGGACUCAACUGUCCAUUCAUGAAGACACCCGAAGACUUCACCAUCGGCGUCGCCGGCGUCUGCCAAAUUUACAUGGCCGAGAUUAAGCGUCGCCAACCCAAGGGACCCUACAUUCUCGGAGGCUGGAGUGCAGGCGGUGUCCUCGCCUACGAAAUGACCCGCCAAUUCAUCGCCCAGGGAGAAAAAGUCGAGCGAUUACUCCUCAUCGACUCUCCUUGCCCUGUCAAGCUCGAAGCACUCCCCUCCUCAUUCCACCGCUACUGCGACCGCAUCGGUCUCCUCGGAAAGCCUGGCGCCAAGAUCCCAGAGUGGUUACUUCCUCAUUUCGCGAGCGCGGUGAGGGAGUUGACGAAUUACUCGGACUCGCUGGGUGAGGCGGACAAUAUCGAUGUCUCGAAGAUGCCGAAGACGACGGCGAUCUGGGCGAGAGAUGGCAUUGUGCAUAAGGAGACGGAUCCCAAGCCAGAUUGGGACCCGAAGAUGAAGAUGCCGAAUAGUAUGUACUGGUUGACGAACAACCGGACGGAUCUGGGGAGCAACGGGUGGGAGAAGUUGGUUGGUGGGAAGAAUAUUAAAUGCAUGAGCACGAGUGGGAAUCAUUUCACGAUGAUGAGACAACCUAUUACGACUGAACUUGCUGCAUUGAUGAAGGAGGCGCUGGAGCUUUAG